GAUUUUGAGGGUUUGAAGUAAAAGGACACACACACAAUAAGAUUAUUUUCUCUCUCUCGCUCUCUCCUUCUCUCUCUCUCUCUCAAUCUCUCUUUCUCUCCUUCUCUCUUUCUCUCUCUCUCUCUCUUUCACUCUCUUUCUCUCUCUCUCUUUCUGCGCGAGAGAUAAUAGUUGAGACCUUUGGAUAAUCUGAUAUUGUGAAUACUCUAGAAAGGACGAGCACGUUGUAAGUAUGUGUGUGUGUGUGUGUGUGUGUGUGAGAGAGCUCUUAGUGCUUUUCGAAGUCAAAAUCAAUUAGGCCCAGAUUUGGCCUGGCGUGGAGAGAGAGAGAGAGAGAGAGAGAGAGAGAGAAAGGCAGCAUUCCCCUCCCUCUGUGAAGUUGUCAGGGAAGAGUUGUGAUCGCUAUGGUAACCCCAAACCCCGCACGGGAUAUUUGUCCACUUUCAGCGCGAUUGAGUCGAUGAUGUUUCCCGAAGCAGGAUGUGAUUCUCGGUUCUGUUGCAAAAUCGAGGUGUUCAGACAGUUAAAAGUUUUGAAACUGUGAAUGUAAAGCGUUUGUGAGUGUGUGUGUGUGUGUGUGUCUAAGUCUGUGUGUGUAUGUAUGUGUAAAUGGGUGUGUGUGUGCAGGAGCUUUUGUCAGCCUGGGACAAUGGCGCCCGUUGGUUGCCACGGUGACCAUGGAGUCGCUCCCCCAGGGGGUCGAAUAGAGGGAGGGAAAGAGGGAGGGAGCGGGGGAUGAGAGGGAGAAAAACUUUCUCAUCUCUUCCUGUAAACAUCUGAGCAAAACACGAAUGGAGAGGCUAGUGAACAAGGGAACAUGGAGGAGAGAGGGAACAUGGAGGAGAGAGGGAACAUGGAGGAGAAAGGGAACAUGGAGGAGAAAGGGAACAUGGAAGAACAAGGGAAUGAAUGCUGAGGAGAGCAAAGGUGGAAAAAUCGAUCCGAAAGUGGCAUUCCCUCGUCGAGCUCAGCCCAAGCUGGUGACCAGGACGAAGAAGAUCUUCGUGGGCGGAUUAUCGGUGAACACCACCAUCGACGACGUGAAGCAGUACUUCGACCAGUUCGGGAAGGUGGAUGACGCCAUGUUAAUGUUCGAUAAAACCACCAACAGACACAGAGGUUUUGGCUUCGUGACGUUUGAGAACGAGGACGUGGUGGAGAAGGUGUGCGAGAUCCACUUCCACGAGAUCAAUAAUAAGAUGGUGGAGUGUAAAAAGGCUCAGCCUAAGGAAGUGAUGUCACCGGCAGGGUCCUCCAGGGGCCGAGCGAGGGUCAUGCCCUACGGCAUGGACGCCUUCAUGCUGGGGAUCGGCAUGCUGGGUUACCCAGGAUUCCAGGCGGCAACGUACACCGGCCGCAGUUACACCUCUAUCACGCCAGGAUACACGUACCAGUUCCCAGAAUUCCACUUAGAGAGGACCCCCCUCCUGACUUCACCCCACCCUCCCGAACUCACAGCUAUCCCUCUGACGGCGUAUAACCCGAUGGCAGCGGCGGCGGCUGCGGCGGCUGUGGUUAGAGGCUCCGCCCCCUCUCGCUCUGCUGGCUUUCUGAGCACCAGCAGUCCUGGACCAAUGGCAGAGCUUUAUGGAACGGCCAGUCAGGAAUCCACGGUGAGCAGUUACAUCAGCGCUGCAAGCCCCGCCCCCAGCACCGGGUUCAGCCACAGCCUCGGGGGUCCUCUGAUCGCGACAGCGUUCACUAACGGCUACCACUGAGACUGAAGAUGAAAAGAUGAGCCAAUCACGCGCUUCCAUGGAGAAAAACUACACUAGUGUUUCCUGUGUUUCUCUUACAUCACUUCCUGUACUAACACUGUCUCUGUCUCACUCUUAACAGAAGGAAAUGUAAAUAUUUUAUUUCUGGUACGAAGGAAAAGCUUUCAUGUUUUUUAAAACUACGGUUUUAUCUUUUAAAUAUUUUCAUUCUUCCUGUUGAUUUUUUUCCCUUUCUGUAAGACAUGCUUUUGUUUACCUUUGUUCCGUGGUUUUGUUUUGUUUUUCCGAGACACCGUAGGUUUACAAUCGUAGCCUCAUGUUUUAAGAUGUCAAAACAUUUGACGGGAGCAAUAAUGUGUGUCCUGAGCAGGCAUGUGCCGAUGUCUAUUUUUUAUACCGCGAUAAUUCCCGAGUAACAAAACACACUUUUGUAAUGAGCUCACUGAUCUCUAUUUUUAUAUUCUAAUACUGAUAAUAAUAACUACAACAUAAAAUCAUCUCAGAAAUCCUGUCAGGUUAGCUCAUGUUAGCCAGCUAGCUAGCACGAACCCUGAACAUUCCAAACGUUUAUAAAGUUCACCUAAAAUUCUGUCAUGCUAGCUAACAUUAUCAGUGAGUUCUAGCUAGCUAGCUAAUGUUAGCAGAAUAUUAUGAGCAUUCAUUACUACGAGUUCAAAAUUCCUCUCAGAAAUCCAGUCAGAUUAACUCACGUUAACUAGCUAGCUAGCAUUAGCAGUGACAUCUGCUGUGAAUUGUCUCCUAAAGUCUUGUCAUGAUACAUUUUGGAUGGCUAGCUAGCAGUACGAAUUAGGAAACUAAUCCUUUCAGAAAUCCUGUCAGGUUUAGCUGAUGUUAUGUUCGUUAGCUAGCUAGCAUCUGUUAGCAGUGAACAUUAAGAAGAUUAAUUACUAUAACUUUAAAGUUCCACUCAGAAAUCCUGUCAGGAUAGAUCAUGUUAGCUAACUAGCAGUAAAGACUAUGGACAUAUUUGAGUUCAUCUUAAAAACAGUCUCCUAAAUUAUGUUAUUUCAAAAUGGCAGUUUUGCUAGUAGCCAGUUAGCUAGUGUGUAUUCGCAGUAAAAAAAAAUUAGGAAUAUGAUCAUGUGACUUAAAAUUACGCUCAGAACUCCUGUCAUGUUAGCUAGCCACUGUUAGCAGUGAAGAUAUAACUGUUUAUACAUAUGAGUUACAUAAGAAAUCCUGUCUGUCAGGUUAGCUGGUGUUAACAAGCUAGCAUUAGCAGUUAAGAAUAUAUACAUUCAUACAUAUGACUUCAAAAAUUCCUCAGAAAUCCUGUCAGGUUAGCUGAUGUUAUGGUAGCUAGCUAGCGAGCCAGUGAGCGGUGAGGAUUAGGAACAUUUAUACAUAGGAUUCUAAGAAAUCCUGUCAAGUUAGCUGAUUUUAACUACCUAGCUAGCAUCAGCAGUCAAAAAAAAAAAAGGUGAACAUUCAUGAAUGAUUGUUUAUUCAAUUGUUUAUUAAAUUGUUUAUUCAAAUGUGUUGAGUUAUCUUUUUGGUAGCUAGCUAGCUAGCAUCAUCUGUAACGGUAAUGUGGCACAAACAUCCUCUCAGAAAUCCUGUCAUGUUAGCAUCCUGUUAGCUAGCUGGCUAAUAAAGGCUGUAAAACUCGCAGGCGUUACCGUGGUGACCGGCACAUGCCUCGUCCUGAACACUGUUUGAUUUCGUUUUUUAAAAGGAUACGAUGCAUUUUUUUCAGAUGCUAAUUUUUCUACGGAAAAUAAAUAUUCGGAAGGAAUGUCAAAAAAAUGUAUAUUUUUGGUAGUUUUGCAACUGGAUUUUAUGAUAUUUGAUUGCGAUCAGAUGAACCGAGGACAUAUUUUUCAUGGAAUUUGAUCUUUUUUUGUCUUGUAAAGGAUUUUAAACGCUGUCUUUUGGAUCUUGUUGAGAUCAAAAUCGAUUCACUGUGGAAAACAUCUGUGAUGUGUGUGUGUGUGUGUGUGUGUGUGUGUGUGUGUGUGUGCAACACGCGAUAAAAACAUUGUACACUUAACACACUGUUUUCUUUCAAUUUAAUAUGUUUUAAUUUUUUUAACUUGUCAUGUUUAUCAUGUGUGUCGAGUGUGACAGGCUACUAAUAAUGCUGGAAGUGUGUGUGUGUGUGUGUGUGUGUGUGUGUGUGAUGAUGUGAUUUAUAAUGUGAAUGUAAUGACUCUCACUGUAACACUAAACCUUGUCAUUAACGUCUCUGUGUUGUGUUCAAGAUGGCCGACUGUUCAAAACUGUUCCCUCUAAACACCUUUAAUAUGAAGUAACGUUGUGUUCUGGGGGCUUUUUGUUGUUUUGUUUUUUUUGUUGUUGUUGUUUUGUUUUUUUUUUGAAGACUGAUUUCGAUGACAUUAACUUCAGAUCUCUUCCAUCACGUUUCCUGUCAAAC